AGGGAAGAGUUGAAAAAAAUUAUUGCAUUCGAAAUCAGGAUUCAGUGUGCCUGGAAAAAUUUUACUCAUCUCUCUGUGAUCCCUUCUAGAGAAUGAGCGGCCAAAGUAUCAUUCUGCGGGUUCAGUCCGCGGAUGGAACAAAACGCGUCGAAUUGCCCUUGAGUGACACGACGAGAGGGCUUUAUGAAAAAAUUCAUGAGGAAUUCGGGUUAGAAACCUUCGACUUUCGUCUGUAUAUCGACAGAGCCAAGACGAAAGAACUUGUGUCAACUUCCAAGAAAAGUUUAGCGUCGUUUGGCUUGAGGCAUGGAGAUAUGCUCUUCAUGGCGUAUGGCGACCUUGUUCGCCCCAGUGUUUCAGCGGACAAAAGUGCAGAGAACGAUCUCAAAACUCCUGAAACAUCCUCAGCAUCAACUGUAGCAACUACGGAUCACGUGCCCGCUGCUGUAGUAGAAGAUGACGUGGACUUGGAACUGGCGAAACGAGAUGGCAAAAUCAAACGGCAGCGGGACCCUUCCCAUUGCCGUCAUAAUGUCAAUUCGCAAUGCGUUCACUGUUUCUCCCUUGAUCCUUGGGAUGAAGGUUACAUCAAAGAAAAUGGCAUCAAACACAUGUCGUUCAACGCAUAUCUGAGAAAGCUUCAGUCAGGGAUAGACAAAGGAAAGUUUGUUGUUCUAGAAAACCUUGAUUGUAGUGUAAAAUCGGACUGCCCUCAUCAUCCGCCCUGGCCCAAAGGUCUUUGCUCAAAAUGUACGCCACCGGCUGUUACUUUGACUCGACAGAAGUACAGGCACAUCGAUCACAUAAUGUUCGAGAACCAGUACAUAGUAGAUCGGUUUCUCAAUUAUUGGAGAACCACCGGGAAUCAAAGGUUCGGGUUUCUCUAUGGAUACUACGAACCACAUGAUACUGUGCCCUUAGGAAUUAGAGCUGUUGUCGCUGCUAUUUAUGAGCCUCCUCAGGAUAGCACAAAAAGAGAGCUCAACUUCCAUCCAGACCCUGUAUUACCCACUGUUGAUUUCGUGGCGGAUUCGCUAGGCCUUCGGCGUAUCGGUUGGAUUUUUACGGACCUGAUGACAGAAAAUUUGCAGAUGGGAACUGUUCAGAAUCUGCGAAAUCUUCAAACGCACCUACUGUCAGCUGGGGAAGCGAUAACUGCAGCUCAUUUCCAAAACAUGCAUCCGAAUCCUUGCAAAUUUGCCAGGGAGGGAUUUUUUGGCUCGAAAUUUGUCACCGUAUGCGUUAGCGGAAAUGAUGAGCAUCAGAUUCAUUUGGAUGGUUAUCAGAUCUCUGAUCAGGGAAUGGGACUUGUAAAACACGAAUGCAUCGUCCCGACGAAGGAUGUUCCGCAGCUGGCAUAUGUGUUGAAAUCUACGUCAGAAAAAUAUGUUCCAGACGUUUUCUACAGGAUGAAAGACAAGUAUGGAAAUCACAUAACUCGAAUCGGAAGGCCUCUGCCGAUUGAGUACCUGCUGUUGGAUAUCCCCACAACGACUCCGUUGGAGCCAAAGUUCACGAUGGCCGCCGCGAGACUCAUCAGUAGUUCGGAAUCGGCGUCGUUUUUCCCGGUUGAAAACCGUUUAGUCGACCAGCACCUUCAAGACCUAUCAGCCCUCGGCCAAUAUUUGAGGAAGUUCAAACCCGGUGAAAUGGCGGACGCUCUGAGUGACCUCCAUCUUUUAGUUUUCCUCGCGACCUGUGACACGCUGCCGUUCUCCCCGCCUGAUCUGAAACUCGCGGGCCUUUUGUCUGCCCUGAGAUCUCGCAACACUGAAGCUGUGAACGCCUGGCUAUCCGGUGACGACUGGCAAACCGUAGAUCAGGUCAUGUUGGCCAUGGACUCGGAUCCUCCGGCGCCCCCACCGUCCCGUGUUCCGAGGUCGCGAACGCCGCCUCCGCGUGUUCUCCCGAUGGCGGCUUCGGAUCCGGAACCCGGCUCGUCCAGUGAGGCCCAGCCGUGGACUUGCUCACAUUGCACUUACCUGAAUAUACCACUCCUGGAGUCUUGUGAAGUUUGCGGGUUGCCGCGAGAGCCUUAGUGAUUCGCCUGUGUUUUUUCCUCCCCCUUUCCCCCAACGCGUUCGUUUUUAUUCUCCCAACGCCGGAUGCGACGAUCGGAAUAGACGCCCUCUGGUGUAAAACAACAGCACUACUUUAUUACCGUCAGUGUAAAACCAGGUGGGCCUGAUUUUUCUUUGCGCUCAAUGGAGGAAAAAUAAUUUUCUGUUCAACGGUUUAGACGCUAUUUUUCAGUAUCGGAAGGUUUUCCGAAUAAUCGGGAAUUGUUUUGGAUUUCCACCCUGAGGGUAAGGUUCUCUAUUGAGCCUGAGAGGAAAAUUAAUUAGGCUCGUCCCCAAACGGCGCGUGUCGUGAACAGCAGAAGCAUAAAAAGCGCUUUUAUAGAACAGUUUCUCAAAACUGUGCUGUACUAUUGAGCUUUUGGCAGAACAUUUUCGCUGUCAGUAAUUGAUGCAUUGUCAUAAGGUUUUUUUCACCUGGGAAGCUUUCCUGGACAAUUUUGAUGAAUGUAUUAGAAAAAUGUCAGAAGUUAAAGUAAUCUAGCGACACCGGUUGAGCAUUUUCUAUGUGCAUUUUUAUGAUUCCAUUUUCUUCGCUUUUCCGUUUCAUGUUUUAUUCAAGUUUGUUCAUGGACACGCACUGUUCUGGGUUGGCGAAUUUUCAGGAUUUUUGUUAUGGGUUGGCGAAUUUCCCGCUGAACUGUUCCGAAGACCUCGCUGCGAAAACAAUUUUUGCAAGGGAUUUUGUAGAUGGAAGCAAGUCCUGUGCGUAACUUCAUGGUUUUUAAAAUGUAAAGAAAUUUUGGUUUCGACUGAUUUCAGUUGAUCCCUUCCGUGCGCCUUGAUUUCUUAAUUUACGAUGAAUUGUCCCACAAAGUGAUAAAACGUGAAGUGCUGUGCGUCUUCAUCGUCCGACGACUUACUUUUUUUUGCUGAAGCUACGUUGGUAUUCAAAUGCGUUGAUCAUAUUUCUUCAACUGAGUGAUGAACAGAUGCGCAGAUCGGUUUCCUGUAUGUUUCGGGUAGUUGCACCGUGUCAUGCCUGAUGGGAAAGUGAUACAGUAAUGUCCUCGGUGGAUCGUCUUGCCGUGUGAAUUAUUGUACAGGGUGUGGUUUAAAAUUCGGACCGCCAAUCCGGAGAUUGCUGGUUGGUAUCCUCUUACCGGCAUUUCGGUUUUUUUCCCUGUCGUUGGUGUGAAGAGGUCUCGAUAUUUUGCUAGGAAAGCAAAAUAUUCCGUGUCUUGGAAGUGACUUUGUCCCGACUAUAAAAAGCUAGUCAGGGGAUAUGUGAGAUGAUUAAAAGAGUUCGAUUUGCGUCGACGAGGUGACACUCCUGUUUCUGACGAUA